CGGCUCUAAUAAGGGGGCUUGUAUUUAUAGACGACCCCCCCGGUGGACAGUACCCCUUAAUCCAGCCUUCUCAUCCCAGCUCCGGAGCUCUCUGUACGGGCCUAUUCUUACGACUCAACCACAGAACUAGCACCACUCCCGUUAACAACCAAAGCGAGGCACUUCUGAGUUUCAGAGAUUUUUCUUUUUGGUCGUUGUCUGAAUAUAUUUUGAGCUAGAGAUGUCGGCUGAGCGCUUCGACUGUCACUACUGCAAAGACUCCCUGCUGGGGAAGAAGUAUAUCAUGAAGGAGGACACGCAGUACUGUACAAAGUGCUACGAAAACCUGUUCGCUAACUGCUGUGAGGGCUGCUCCUCUCCCAUUGGUUGCAACAGUAAGGACCUGUCGUACAAGGACCGGCACUGGCAUGAGCAGUGCUUCAAGUGUGCCAAGUGCAGCCGCUCUCUGGUAGAGAAGGCCUUCGCCACCAAGGACGACCUGCUAAUGUGUACUGAGUGUUACGCAAACGACUACUCCUCCAAGUGCUCCACCUGCAAGAAGACCAUCAUGCCAGGCUCUCGUAAAAUGGAGUACAAGGGGCACAGCUGGCACGAGACCUGUUUCCUGUGCCACCGAUGCCAACAGCCCAUCGGCACCAAGUCCUUCAUCCCCAAAGACACCGGAUACUUCUGCGUGGCCUGUUUCGAGAAGCAGUUUGCCUACCAGUGCUGCGCCUGCAAAAAGGCCAUCACCACAGGGGGCGUGACAUACCAGGAGAAGCCGUGGCACCGGGAGUGUUUCCUGUGCAUCAGCUGCAGGAAACAGCUGUCGGGCCAACGCUUCACCUCCAGAGAGAACUACCCCUACUGCCUGGAGUGCUUCAGUAACCUGUACGCCAAGAAGUGUGUGGGCUGCACCAAGCCCAUCACCAGCCUAGCCGGGGCGAAGUACAUCUCAUUUGAGGAGCGUCAGUGGCACAGUGAGUGCUUCACCUGUAUGCAGUGCUCUGUGUCUCUGGUGGGGCGGGGCUUCCUCACCCAGAGAGACAACAUCCUGUGCACCGACUGCGGGCGCGAGAAGUAACCGCCAAUGUAACCACCAACGUAACCCGAGGUCUAUGACGAUGGAGGCGUGCUGGUUUGAUUUUAGACAAGGAAAAAAAUGGUUACGCAUUGAUAUUAAUCAAAACUUCUUUCACAUCUCAUCAUAUGCCCAGAUUAUUUGACAUGUUUUAAGAUAAUGUGUUGUUUAUUGUAUGUGUAUGUAUGUGUAUGUAUGUAUGUGUGUAAGUAACCACCAAAGUGACCAUCUAAGUAACCCUGGGUCUAUGACGACAGAGGCACGCUGGUUUUAUUUUUGGACAGUGCCAAAAAAUUGUUACGUUUUGAUAUUAGUUAAAAUUUCUUACACUCCCUACUUCCAUCACUUUGAUGUUUACAAUAUUUGACAUGUUUUAAGAUAUAAUGUCUCUCAGAAUGACAUAUUCAUGGGUUUUAGUUUACUGUUAUAUGCAGCAUUUAUGGGACUUUUACUAUUCAAAAGAUGUCUGUGUAAUCCCUCAGUCGUCCAGAUAUGAUCCAUAGCAAAAGAAAAAUUUACUUUUGUCAGAUGAGCAAAAGUUUUAGAGUGACAGCGUUUUGCUCCUCAUCCAAGCAGCUUCUUCAGUUCUGAAGGAAUAAUAUUUAGCUUUAAAUUGUCAAGCGCUAUGGCAACGGUCCUAAUUUGUAUCAUUCUGAAAUCUGUGGAUAUGUGAUGUAUGGCAUAUAUGUAUAUUUUAUUCUUAUGGGCAGAUCAUUUUGUUUGUCUAUUUGCAUGCUGCCUUGCCUUGAGAGUGCAAGGUUGACAGUUUGAUCCUAGCAUCAAACAGUAUACCGUCAUUAUAUCCUUGGUUAUAAAUGAUAUGCGUUAGAGAAAAUAGUGGCCUUGCUACUGCACAGAAAUGCUUCUCUAUAACAAUGUGCUGUGUGAAAGAGUUAUUAGUGGUGGUUGGAGCCGCCGAUGACUCAGUGAAUGGAAGAUGCAUGAAAUUGUGAAGAAAUUUAAGUGUAGAAAAAAAAAGAAGUAUGAAUUCAUAAAUACCUCAGAUAUAAGGCUACACUAUUUCAGAAAAAAAAAAAUCUGUAGUAUUACGUAAUAAUAUUGUGAUUUGAUUUCCAAUAAAUGUAAAAAAAAAGUUGAUUCUAUUCAGUCCAUAGACUGUAUAAAGAAGUGAACUAACUGAGUGGGACGUCAAAUGAAGCUGAUCGAGACAAGCAGUUAUAGGGGUGAAUUUGGAGCCGAGUUCCAUAUUUGGAAUUCCAACCACGAGUAUCAUAGCAACCAAAGAAUCCGGACCGAAGCUUCCUGCCCACACCACUACUUUAUCAGGGAGUGGGAGUUUAGCAAUGCUGUCAAUCAAACCUCUCAAUCAAACCUGUUGCUUAAUAUGAACAUUUUGAGACCAAAAUAAUGAGCUUGACAGCUGCAGUCACAGAAAGAGGGGCGACAGUUUUUCAAUGUAAAGUGAAUUGGAGCUAGAGUCGAUUGCCCCUGAUCACUUCCUAUUUGGAACGUAGCUGCUAGCGGGUUAGCUAUGUCCAUUUAAAUAAACAGUCCAUGAUUCAGAGUGCACAUUGUAAAUAACUCCAGGAGCACACUGAAAUAUGAACUGACAAAUUAAUACCAACUCGGAUAGCGAUUUCGAUAUAAUGUGCAGCUGUAUCAGAUAAUACUAAAUACAUCUAAACUAGUCAAAACGCAUGAUGGUAUCCCCGUUUCAUUUUACAGUCUGUUAUUCAUACUGCACAUGCAAUCAGAAGGUCAAAGGAAGAUUGUGUGUCGUUAUGAUUUAUUACUUAUGAUACCGUUUCCUUGACAACACAAAAUGGAAUUAGAAAAUAUGAGCUGUGAGCUGCAGUGGUAAGCCCAACUGUAGGAACUCAAGGUCAAAGUACAAAACAGCAAUGAAGAACAGUGGCCCUAGUUUUACUUUUAAAUACAUUUAAAAUCGACACAAAUACAGCUUCAGAAUAACUGCACGUAAUGUAUCUGUGGUUACAAUAGAAGACUUUAGAUCUAGCUUCUAAAAGAAAACUCAUACUGAUACAGAUGGGAGAUAUUAACAAAAGGAUAUUGAUUUUAAAGCCACAAUAUGUAACUUUUUCGCCAACAAAAUCACUAAAAUAAAAGCUUGUGUUUUGCGCACUGAAAAACACGU